AUGGUAGAGUCCCGUUUCUGUUUUAGCGACAAUAACUUCAUUGGGUGUAGUUCGAAGUCGGCGAGUUUGAGCGGCAUCACGGAUACUAGGUUGGGUUCGACAAGUCGGGAGGAAACGCGAAAGGGAUUGAGCUACGUUGUCGGAACUUGGUCUGCAAUAACAGUAACUACCAUCAGCCACUGUAUCCCCGGCUCCUUGUCUGUUUGUGAGCGGGGGUUUUCUCGGGGCCCCAGAGACCUUGAACGGCUUCCCAACGCUGGAUCCCACCCAACGAGAAAGGUUCCGGAUACUCCAACACAGUUGAAGGAGCUGUCUCCCCCAUCAAUUGACAUAUAUCCAGGCCCUGGCACCUUCGUGGACAACGAGGCUCCCAACAUCCCCAAAGACCCACGCCGUGUCUUUGAGCUGCUCGCAAGAGCUACUCCAGGCUUCACUCAAGACCGCCGUCUAUGGGACUCAGUGUCUUUCGAAGGCAGUGCCGAGCCAAUCGCACCAGGCCCGUUAAAAGCUCCCGUUCUUGCUGCCGCUCUUCACGCCAUGUGUGGAGUUGUUGCGAAAGAACUCCUGGAGCAGAGAGACGGCUGCCGUUCGGACCAUCACUCAACGAUCAAUACCGAUCACGCGGCUCUGUGGUUAGGCACCACUGCAAUCACCAAACGCAAUGGCAUUACUGUGCCGCAACUGUCGAAAAGUGUAAAACUUGGGGAGAUUUUCCCCAAGGAUCUUGAGAAAGACACCUUUAAGACGCCCACGAGAUUGCGCACAACUGCCUGUUACCCCACGAAAAAGGAGGGCGUCUGGUUUCAGCUGCAUGGCUCGCUCAACGCGGAUCCAGUUCUUCGAGCAAUCGGGUUGGACCCUGCCACCCCGUGUGAGAGCCGCGAAGAAGCGUACAAGAUCAUCGGCGAAGAAGUACGCAAAUUCGAACCGGAACAACUGGAGAUGAUUCACGUCUACAAGGGCCUCUGCGGUAGUAUGUGUCAUACGCCAGAAGCGUGGAGGCAGACACAGAUGCACAAGGAGCUCUCCAAACAUCCACUGGUGAACUACACACAUGUACCAUACAUGGUGCCUACUCCUGCCGUGCCCUUCUUCCCUGCCCCGAGUAGAGACAAACGACCCUUGGCCGGGAUCAAAGUUGUCGAGUUGGUCCGCAUCAUUGCUGGCCCGGUUAUUGGAAACACCCUUGCAUCGCUUGGAGCAGAUGUCAUCCGUGUCAACUGUAGCCGGCUUCCUGAUUUCAAUUCUCUGCAGCUGACUUUGAACGCUGGCGUCCGAACAGCUGACCUUGAUCUGAGUAAGGCCGAGGAUCUCUCAAAAUUGAAGGAGCUCAUCCAGGAAGCGGAUGUCUUUAUCCAAGGCUACCGGCCUGGCGUCUUCAAGAGGAAAGGCUUGGGUCUCCACGAAGUGCUCGAUAUGGCGAGCAAGAGGGGCAAAGGCAUCGUCUACGUGGAGGAGAACUGCUACGGGCCGGAUGGUCCGUUCCACGAUCGACCUGGCUGGCAGCAGAUUGCUGAUGCUGCUUGUGGCUGUUCCUACGUGACUGGCAAAUACUUGGGGCAUACCGACGGGAGGUGCGUCCUUCCAGCAUUGCCUGUGCCCGACAUGUUGACUGGUCUUAUUGGUGCCAUUGGGACCAUGAUGGCCAUCAGAGACCGCGCCCGUCAUGGCGGAUCCUACCACGUGUUUGCCUCCUUGAUGGCCGCAGCUGCUGUCCUGCUGGAGCCCGAGGUGGGCUUGUAUCCCCCAGAGGUGACGCAGAAAUGUGAUGAAAGAUUCAGGUGGGGAGCCGUGGAUCCUUCACUGUUUGUCUUGGAGCUUCUCGCCGUCGUUGUUGAGGCCUGGCAACGGGUGCUUCCUGAAUACUUUGGCUCCGAUGCAACCUGGACCACCAAACUGAAUGGCGAAUGGGGGCAUUUCGAACUCCUCAAGCCAGUGCUCCAGUUUGAGGAUCAGGAGGUGUCGCCUCGCUGGCUGACGGCCCCAGAGCCCAAUUGCCGCCACGAGAGCCACGAAAUCUCGUUCCGUCAGACGGCCGCUCCCAUCACGACCAUCAUGAACGCGCACUGA